UGAGAUAUAUUGCAGUAGCUUGAACCCAGAUGUUGUCACAUAUAACACUCUUAUGACUGCAUUGUGCAAAACAAAUAAGGUGGAAUAAGCCUUGGCAUUGCACAAAGAAAUGGGGAAGCGAGGAUGUCAACCAGAUGUUGUCACAUAUAACACACUCAUCAAUGGUCUUUGCAAGUGCGGAAGAACAAAGGAGGCAAUUUCUUUGUUAAAGGAGAUGUAUCAGAAUGGUCUGAACUUGGAUGUUUCCACAUUUAACAUUUUGAUCAACGGGCUCUGCAAAGCUGAUAAGGUGGAAGAAGCCUUGGAUUUGCAUAAAGAAAUGGGGAAGAUAGGGUGUCAACCAGAUGUCGUCACUUAUACUUCCCUAACAGAUGGUCUUGGCAAGGAUGGAAGAACAGAAGAGGCAAUGGUAUUGUUAGAGGAGAUGUACCACAAUGGCCUAAACCCAGAUGUUGUCACAUAUAACACUCUUAUAAUAAAUGUUCUAUGUAAAACAAAUAAGGUGGAAGAAGCUUUGGCUUUGCACAAGGAAAUGGGGAAGAGAGGAUGUCAACCAGAUGUUGUCACAUAUAACACAGUUAUUGAUGGUCUUUACAAGGGCGGGAGAAUGGAGGAGGCAUUGUCUUUGUUGGUGGAAAUGUGUCAAAAUGGCUUGAAGCCAAAUAUUGUCAUCUAUAACACUCUUAUAAAUGUGCUAUGCAAAGGAAAUACGGUGGAUGAAACCUUGGCUUUGCUUAAAGAAAUGGGAAAGAGAGGAUGUCAAUCGGGUGUCGUCACGUAUAUUACUCUGAUGGCUGGUCUUUGCAAGGAUGGGUGAAUAGAAAGACACAAUGCCUUUGCUAGAGGAGAUGUGUGACAAUCACUUGAACCCGAAUGUCUUCACAUUUAACAUUCUUGUCAAUGGGCUCUGCAAAGCCCAUAAGGUGAAAUAGGCCUUGGCUUUGCCCAAAGAAAAGGGAAAGGUUGGGUGUCCACCUGUUGUCAUCGCGUGUACUACAUUUUGUUUUUGAUAAUGUUAACAUUGUAUUGCUAUAACAAGAAGGAAUACAAGAGAUUGAGGAAAGAGAGAUCCGAGAUUACCCUCAAGACGGGUAUCUCAGUAAAAAAUUAAGCCAUAACCCCUAUAUAAACUCCCUAUAUAAACUAUGUACUUUUGGAGAGACUGUAUACAAUAAUUGGGCUUAUAGGCCUGCCUUUUACAAGAAGUCACAAAGGAAAAAUAGAGUCCUAGAGAACUCUAUGGUUCAGUGCAAAAAAGGAGAUGGAUCAUUCAUUGUCUUCUAUUUGUGGUCGUUGCCACGCUCCAUCUUUAGCUAGGAGGUUGGCGAAUUCGUUCGAUGUUCGCCAUGUAUGCCUCCAACAGACAUUGGUAUCCCUACAUAGGUGGUAAAUCUCAUAAAAAAUCCUACAAAGGUACCAAGGAGGAUCGGUUGUGCCUGCUGCCCAAGAUAGAAUGUUUUUAGCGUCUCCUUCCACCACUAAGGAUUGACCCCAAGUAGGGUCAAAAUAUUUCAGGCCCUAGAAGAGCCAAUGCUUAAGCAAGUUGUGAGUCUCCAUGGCCGACAUAUUCAGAAUAUGUCAUGAGAGACCCCCCCUACUCCUGAAUGGCCGGGAUUCCCCAAUGAACAGCCUUCGAAAUUUAACUUUAUGGCAUUUUCUGGAGGAGGCAGUCAGUUGUGAGCUCUCUGUAGCUUAAGAGGUUGGAGUCGAAUAAUAUUGUCCCAUUGCCUGAGGAAAGAACUCAUAAGAAUCCCUUUAAAGGCACUAUGGGUGGAGGCCCAAAAAGCUACUCGUGAUGUAACCUUGUGAAACAACCCUGAGACUUCAGUUCUAUGGCCUUGAAAUAUCCUCUCAUUUCUUUCAAGCCAUAAAACCCAUACGGUAGCAGCAAUAGCUGCCUUCCACAAAGUUCUUCCUGCUAUGGGCCAAGGAGUAUAUUUUAUGCUUAGCCCUUUGAAUAAAAUACUUUUUUAAAUGAAAAAAUUUAAAAUUUGUUAUUUGAAAAGAAUCAUUCAGUGAUUCUAAAGUUUUAGUUAAAAGAGUAUAUUUUAUCUGAGGGAGCAAGUGUAGUGUGUUGUUUUAGGAGCACCUGCAACAAAAAAAAAAUUAUAAGGUUGGAUGAUGUCAUCUUGUUAAAUGCAGCCACCAUUUUUCACCUAAAAACUUUGUUUUUUUACGGGCGCUUUUGUAGUAGCACACUGUAUACGUAUUUGAUUGGGUAAACUAUACUGUUUUAAUUUAAAAAUUUUGGGGCUCACUCUAGAAUCACCCAAUCAUCUUUCCGGUCCAAUAAUUGUUCUCGAAGGUCUGGUCGUCGUUUCUGUGUAGAAGCAAACUGUCUAUAUUUAUGACCAGAGCAAUGAUUUCAUGCAAUGGUUGUAUC